AUGUCUACGACUAACGGUGGUGUUAGAUAUUUAUGUAAGUCUAUCUUGGAGUCCUCAAUUUUUACUAACGGCAUAAUGUUUUUGGUGUUGUUAAACGCGGUUAGUUUGUCCCUCGAAGCCGAUGUUUUUAUAAGGAAACCUUACAACGAUAUAUUCAUGAUAGUGAACGAAAUCUUUUACGGACUAUUCCUGACGGAAUUCCUCCUCAAAAUAUACGUCUUGCGACUCAAAUAUUGGAAAAGCUUUUAUAACAUUGUUGACUUUUGUAUUCUUUGCGGUUUCGCCGUUCAAAAUAUGAUCAACAUUUUAUAUCCAAUUCAGUUCGGGACAGUGGCUCAAAUUUCUGCCUUUAUUCGGAUCCUCAAAACACUGAGAACUCUUAGGCUGAUCACUUUGAUUAAGGAACUGCAGGUUCUGAUGGAUGCUUUGUUAGAUUCUUUGGCAAAAUUUGUGAUCUACGUCAUAAUAUUUAUUUUUCUGGUCAUAUUUUUGUUCGCCUUACUUGGAUACUACCUUUUUGGGCAUAUGGUUAAUAAAGAAGGGUAUUGGAAAAAUUUAUGGGAAGCGCUUCUGUCAAUCCUAACUUAUCUCACAGCUGAAGGUUGGACAGAUAUUCAAUCAGAGUUGGACGCCACGUCUCCUGGUUUGGGAAGAUUUUUUUCGGUUACGGCCUUGGUGGUGGGAAAUUUUGUAUUGAUGAACAUUUUCACCGGCAUUAUUGUGAUGAACAUCAGCGAAGCUCUGAGUUCUUUCAAAGACGAAAAGGAAAUUGUCAACGAAAAAUUGAAGGCUAAGAAAAAGGAAAUUUUAUUUGCCAAGUACCAAAGGGAAAUCACGAAAAUUCAGAAUACUUUGUUAAAUCACCAAAUUUUAAUUUGUCUACAUAUAGGGGAGACCAGGGCUAGUCGCGUCAAAAUUGUCAUAGCUCCGAAAGAUAACGAUCGCAUAAGAUCUUGCAAAAAUACCUAUUAA